CAGGCAUGAAGACCCCUUUGCACACUCAGAAUUGCACGAGACGCCCCUUGCACACUCACAACUGCUCAAGGAUGGUCCUUUGCACACUCAGAAUUGCGAAGGAUCCCCCUUUGCACACUCAGAACUGCAUGAGGAGCAUUCUCUUUGCACGAGACGCCCCUUGCACACUCACAGCUGCUGGAGGAGGGUCCUUGCACGCUCAGAAUUGCACAAGGACCCCUUUGCACACUCACCCACACAUGAAGAUCCGUUUGCACGCUCAGAAUUGCACAAGAUGUCCCUUGCACACUCACAACUGCUCAAGGACGGUCCUUUGCACACUCACAACUGCUCAAGGACGGUCCUUUGCACACUCACCCACGCACAAGGAACCCUUUGCAUGCUUGCAAUUGCACAAGGAACCCCCUUUUGCACACUCACAGCUGCUGGAGGAGGGUCCUUGCACACUCAGAAUUGCACAAGACACCCCUUGCACACUCACAGCUGCUCAAGGAGGGUCCUUUGCACACUCAGAAUUGCACAAGGACCCCCUUUGCACGCUCACAACUGCACGAGGAUCCCCCUUUGCACACUCGGAAUUGCACGAGACGCCCCUUGCACACUCACAACUGCUCAAGGAGAGCCCUUUGCACGCUCAGAAUUGCACGAGGACCCCUUUGCACACUCACCCACACACGAGGACCCCUUUGCACACUCAGAAUUGCACAAGGACCCCUUUGCACACUCACCCACACACAAGGACCCCCUUUGCACGCUCAGAAUUGCACGAGGCCCCUCCCUCGCACGCUCACAGCGGUGCCAGGCCCCCCCCCGCCCCUUGCACGCCCCCGUUGCACACUUGCCCCUCCCCCCCCGCGCUGGAAUGUCGCUGCGAUGCCGAUAAGGUGCCGAAGGGGGGUGGGGGAGGGGAAAUCGGGAUUUGGGGGAUUUUUGGGGGGGCCCCGGGAUAG